AGACGGUGUAUCCCUCGUUAUCGCAAUCGUCGUCACAUUGGUUGGCAUCAUCAUUUUCGUCCUAGCCAUCAUUUGGUUGUGGAAAAGAAGUUCAAACCAUUUGCAGUCAACCGCAACCCCGAUUCGGUACUCAUGGCGAUCUACUAUAGCCCGGGUGAUGUUCUGGAAAUUAUGUGCGACACCGGCUUCAAAGUCAACUUCGAACCACCUGAAGCAACUGAAGCAUUAACGGUGACUUACAGUUUCUUGCUCGAAUGUAUAGUCAUUUUUGCUGUUUUGUUAUAUAUAUCCAUCUAUAAUCAUACGAUUAAAUCUGUGUAGAAUAUAUCGUAUUUCUACUUCUUGUGCAAUCAGGAUUGGCAAACUUGUGAAUAUGACGAAGUUAUGGAAUUUGUUUGAGUGAGACCUAAUUAUUUUGUGUGUACUCUGUGGGAACUAUACUGCGCCAUAGUCCCGUUUGUACAAUACUGUGCUGGUCUUCUUUGAUCGUCGCGAUAAACUUCUUCAAUCAUAACACAGGAUAAACUCGUUUGUAUCCUAUUUAUUUUAUGUGGAUGGUAUUUUACUCCGUAUGUUUGUUGGAAUCAUCAACCUGGAAUUUGUUUAAUUCCUUGGAAUAAUCAAUAUUGCGUGAUAUUAUACAGCCUUAUGUUCCGGAAGGAUUAUGGCGCCUAGUGUUACCACAAACAAAAUAAUGCAAAGGCAACCCAGGUACAAACUCAUUCACAUACAAACUUUCUCAAGGAAUAACAAUUUCGAGCAUUGGUUUUGCUAUAAAGCUUAUUUAUGACUCAGGAUUGCCCGGCAGUGAUUCAGACAUAGACAAUUAAAUUGUUGAAAAUAACCUGGUAAAAGUUUACCCUAACUUGAAUCGUACAAUCUGCCGCCAUUUUAGUUUGGUUCAUAGUGAGCAUGAAGAGGUAACACAUGAAAUCAACUAUGCCACGAAAUGGGACGUAAAUUCUAGGAAAAGCAUUGACUUUGGAAGUUGCUUGAUAUGUAAAAAGGAGGUGACAAUCAGUAACAAUGUAGUUUGUGAAAAUUGCAUGAAUCUGCCAAAUAAAAUGCAAUCACUGGAAUCCGCAAUCAUUGACAUUGCAUCUAGAUUGGACGACCAGCAUUAUCAUGAAUCAAUAGAUGUAAACUCGAAGUCAAUCGAUACUCCCGCCAAAGACGAGAAUACAAACAAAAGGGAUAAAGAACGUAACGAUCGUGAAUAUGAUGAAGACCUAGUCUUCAAAGUACCCCAAACUGUCAACGUUCCCCUACAAGAUCAACUCAAUGAGUAUAAAAUCAAACAAAAGAAACUUCACGCUCUGACGAAGAACAGUCGAAUCGAAGCAGAUGACAAUGCUUCUCAUAAUACUAACAUUGACACUGGAAUAGACACCGUGAUGAAGAAUUACGAAACGUCUAACAUUGAAAGCCCAAUGACCAUAAAUGAACACCAUGAUAAGUCUACCCUAACAAAGACUCGAAUGAAAGCAGACGUGCUAAUCAUCGGAGAUUCAAUGACAAAACAGAUCAGACCAUCUAAACUCUCACGAAGGAAAAAGGUAAUCUGUAAAACUCUGAAUGGAGCCAAAAUAGAAAACGCCUGCAGUGAUGCAUGUAAUCUUGCACAUCAAUGCGAAGACAGCGAAGUAAUCGUACAUCUCGGGACGAACAACUUGAAAAGUGACGAGUCUGAUGAAAUAAUUGCAAAGACAUUCUCACUUCUUGAUCAAGUCCAUCAAGUCCCUGGUGUAAAAUCAAUUGCUGUAUCAACAAUCAUACAUAGGUUAAAUGAGACGAAUCGUCAACAUGCUAAAGUUGAGGAGGUGAAUGACGCAAUUAAACUUUCAGCCAAUCAGCGUAGUUGGUCGGUAAUCAACGACAGUAAUAUCGACCCUGUCCUCCAUCUGAACGCAGAUGGCGUACACCUAAAUCGGCGGGGAAUAAUUGCAUUCGCGAAAAACAUCAUUCGAUUCCUGCGUAACUUGUCACAAAACUAUGAUGAGGCAUUCCCACCUUUUAAUCAUAGCGAAUUACCACGCUCAAAAGCUGAUCCAGAAUUCGCUCCCUAUCCCAGAAGUUACUUUUCAAUCGAUCCUGAACGAGGAAAUCAGAUGAACCAGCCUCCCCCUUUACCGUGGAAUGAGUAUUAUCCGAGGUCUCGACGCAAAGCAGCAAACAGAGAAUUUCCGAGAGACUGGGUAGAUUGUCUGUCCACGGCAAGGAAGCUCUUGAACCCCAGACACCAAUAGAUAACCAAACAAAUGAAUCCACUUCAAUCUUAGAUCAACAACCCACUCAGAAAAUUAAUUCCGUUGAAAAUGAUCCUGAGGACCAUAUGGAUAAUGAAUCAUUUCCACCCUACGAACCCGACGGUGGAAUCUCUCUGAACAAAUGUCAGACAGAAAUGAGAUCAUGUCAUAUAAAGGAAAAGAAACAUGGCUUAGAAUAGCACAAUUAAAUAUAAGAACUUUAUUAUCAAACAUCGACAAUCUACAACUUAUGGUUGAAGAUCUUAAAUUAGACCUGUCUUUGCAUUGAAUUCAACUAGAUUAAGCAGUGAUAUACAUGAUGAACAGCUACACAUUAAAGACUUUUGUAUUUAUAGGAAAGAUCGGAAUAACAAAGGUGGAGGAGUGGCAGUAUACGUCAAUGAAAAUAAGCUUAGCCACAAGACCCGAUCUUAUGAACAAGGAUAUUGAACUUAUAGCUAUAGAAGUAAAACAACAAACUUCAUCGUCUAUAAUUGUUUUGGCAUGGUAUAGACCACCUGGAUCAAGCAUUGAAUUGUUUAAUGUUAUUGAGAACGUUCUAUCAAAAACUGAUGAAGAACAAAAGGAUGUCGUAUUUUUAGGAGAUUUCAAUUGUGAUAUCAACGGAAACCCAUUGUCUUGUUAUACAAAACGAUUACUUGAUAUUUGCCAGAAUUAUUCUCUUACUCAAGUGAUAGACGAACCAACAAGGGUAACUCUUCAUUCAUCCACGCUCAUUGAUUUAAUUUAUACCUCUAACUGUAUGAAAGUUGUCGAAAGUGGCGUCCUUCACAUAGAAAUGAGCGACCACUCCCUUGUUUAUAUUGAAUGGGGUAAAAUCCGGAAACCAUCUUCAAAGCAUGUGUAUAGAACCUAUAGAACUUAUAAGAAUUUCGAUGAAAAUCUUUUCUGAUCUACAAGCCAUCGAUUGGCAAAGUGUAUAAACAUUUAGUGAUGUUAAUCAUUCUCUUCUUCAAUUCCAAACAAUAUUUUCUUCAUUGUGUAAUUUUCAUGCCCCUAUUAGGAAAAGCCGUAUUAAGAAACACCGAAAACCUUGGAUAAAUACUGAAAUUAUUGAUCUAAUUCGUAAACGAGACAAAUUGAAAGAUAAAGCGACUCGAAAGCGUACGCGUGCAAAUUGGAAAGCUUAUAGAAAGAGUAAAAAUUAUGUCACUUACAAAAUAAAGCAAAACAAACGCAAAAGAUUCCAAAAGAAAAUUAAAGAUUCAAAAGGAAAUGUGAAGUACACGUGGAAAAACCUUAACAUAUUGAUACCACGUAAGAAUAAAAAUACAGAAAUUCAAUGCUUGAUAGUUGAUGAGAAAGAAAUUCAUGAGUCUAAAAAAAAUUACAGACAUUGAAUGAUUUUUUCGUAAAGGUAGGCCCUAGACUUGCCGAUACAAUCGACAGUACAGGGUCUGCAAAUGAAAAUAAUAAUGCAAUGCAAUUUCACCCGCACUCGUUAGUUCAUAUCUUUCAACUUGUCCCAGUAACUGUAAGUGAAAUAAAGAAACAAUUAUUGAAAAUGUCUAGUGGGAAAGCGAUGGGAUGUGGUAUGAUACCAAUGAAACUUAUAAAGAUAGCGAUACCAUGUAUAACUGAACCCUUGGCACAUAUUAUAAAUAUGUCUAUUACUACUGCAUGUGUACCUACGGAGUGGAAAAGGCAAGAGUUAGUGCCUUACAUAAAGGCGGUGCAAAUGAACCUUCUAAUUUCAGGCCAAUUUCCAUAUUACCUAUUUUAUCUAAGCUACUAGAACAUAUAGUGUUUGAUCAAUUGUAUGAAUAUUUGAACAGGAACAAUUUGAAUAAUGACUACCAAUCUGGCUUUCGGCCAUUACAUUCUACAGCAACGGCAUUACUCAAUACAACAGAUGAAUGGCUAAAAAGCUUUGAUGAAGGCAAAAUAGUAUGCUCUGUCAUGCUAGACUUAAAAAAAGCAUUCGACACGGUUGAUUUCGAAUUGCUUAUCCAGAAAUUAAAGCAAUAUGGAAUUGGGGAUCACUCAAUUGAAUGGUUUACAAGUUAAUUAUAUGGAAGAUGCCAGAAAACGACAGUGCAUGGUAUAUCAUCUGAUUUCUUACCCAUUAAAUCUGGAAUCCCUCAAGGGUCCAUUUUAGGGCCGCUUCUUUUCAUUUUACAUAUUAAUGAUCUACCUUUAGUUCUUAGAAAUUGCAAUAUAAGUAUGUAAUUAUGCAGAUGACACUAUUUUAUAUUAUGCAAGUAACAACUACUCUGAUCUAGAAAACAAAAUCAAUGAAGAUUUGCAAAAUGUGAAACGAUGGCUUGAUCACAAUAAGCUUAGUUUGAAAAUAAAAAAACUGAAUAUAUUGUCCUAGGAACUAGAAAUCGACUGAAACUAUUCAAAGAUGAAUUGCUAAAUAUUCACAUUGAUGGAACCCCCCUAACAAGAGUUACCCAGUGUAAUAAUAAUUUUACACUGUAAACACUGUAAACACAGUGUAAACAUUUAGGAGUAAUUUUAGAUGAAAAUCUGUCAUGGGGAAAACACAUUCAAAAUGUGCAAAAGAAAUGUAGUAGCGGUUUGUUUAUGCUAAAAUCGAUACGAAGUAUGGUUGACAAGGAUACAAUGAUUCUAGUCUAUAACGCCCUGAUUUCAUCUCAUUUGUCGUAUUGUGAUAUAGUAUGGGGAAAUUGCGGCAAAUGUUUAAAAGAUAGGCUCCAAAAGAUUCAAAAUCGGGCAGCUCGCGUUCUCAAUAAUACCGCCUGGGAUUCAUCCGGAAACGAUAAUCUAAAUGAACUAAAUUGGGAUACACUUGAAAAGAAAAGGAAUGAAAGUGUUGCAAUAAUGAUGUUUAACAUACUCAAUAACUUAGCCCCUUCAUAUCUAAUCAAUAGAUUUUCCCUUAAAGAAAGAUCACAUAACACAAGAAGUGGAAAUCUCAAUUUGUAAAUAAUGUAAAUAAAGUCUGAAUCUGCAAAGCGCAUGUUUAUGUACAGAGGCGCCAGUAUGUGGAACUCAUUGCCCACGAAUAUUCAAGCGGCACAAACGGAACACAAUUUCAAAACAGGUCUUAAGAGAUUAUAUGUGUGAUAUGGAUCACAAUGACUAUUUUUCUGUUUAAUUGUGUUUAUCAAACAUCAACAGACAAUUUUUAUUUUCUGUCCCCAGAACAUGUAUUAUUUUCCAACCAUUUCAUAUGUUUUGCUUUUAUAUGGCAUGAGUAUUAACUAUAUCAGUUUUAUAAUUAUUUUCAGUGCAUUUUUAGUUAUCAUACAUUUUCCAGACAUUUUUGUAUGUUUAGUUUUUAUCAUUGAUAAAUCAUGUAUUCAUUUUCUUGUACUCGUUUGUCCAUUAUAGAAACAUGUAUUUACUUUGACAUUUUACUUUACCAUGUACAUAUUUACUAUUACCAUGUAUGCACCGCUUUGUUCCAAUUUACCGAUAGAUAUUUCAUGUUGUAAGUUAUUGAUGUUACGGUAUAUAACUUCUUCGUCUUUUUCUUACUAUCAUUAUUAUUCUUUUUCUUCUUCUUCUUUUCUUCCUCUGUUAUCUUCUCUGUUGUCUUUUCUCUUUUUCGUCUCCCUCUCACUUUUCCCUUCUUCUUCUUCCUUUUUUUUUCUUCUUCUCCCCUCCUCUUCACGUUUCAAUGAUUGCCUUGUAAUAUUACAUUGAUGCUUCUGUUCCAUCGUUAUACACUGAUUUUAAAAUGUUUACUUUGUCAAUUGUAUGUUCCACACGGCCCCAAUGGAAAUCAGUCUGUGAACUUUUUGGGCUUUUUAACCGUGUAUAAAUAAAAUAAAUCUUAUCU